UCUCCACUGUCGCAAAACGACGCUCGGUGUCGUGCACCGCGCCGCCCGUGCGAAGAUGGCGGCUGAGUUGCAUCCGCGCAGCGGAAAACUGAUCGGUUUGUCGAACUCCAACCGAACCGCUCAACGGAAUCAGCCGGUACAGGAAUUCAAUCACGGCUUGGUCCUCAGUCGGGAGCCGCUGAGGGACCGCGAUGUCUUCACUGUCCGCAUCGACAAGAAGGUGUUUGUGUGUCUCUGUCCAGGAAGAAGACCGAUUGGUUCCUGCAGUUUAAUUGGUGCCACGCCCUGCCCAGUCAGCUGACUCCUAGCUGCCUAUAAAAGCCUCCUUCGUCACUUCCUGCAUCAGCCUUGUGCUCACUUGCUGUGUUUGCUCUGCUUGAAUCUGCUAGUUAGUUACAGACGUGUUAGUAAGACUGAGAGACUGCCUGUGAGCGAUUGAUUGUUGUUUGUUAGUUUGCUUGGCUCACUCAUUCGUAAUACCGACCACCACGUGUUCUUUGACCUUGAUUCUCGAUUGCUCCUGUUUGGACCUUUUUGCUCACCUUUGUAAAUAACUGUACGUAACGUUUUGGGGAUUUAGGGAGACUGACACCAUUUUUGUUGGAACCUUUUAUUGAUUGUUUCUGAAUAGGGAGGCAGGGAAGUAAUUGUAUUUUAUUUUAUUUUGUGAACGAGGGUGGUUAGAGGUAUAAGAAUUAGGUGAUUUUUGUUUAUUUUGGCCUUGUCUGCUCCCGAAGCUAAAAUUCCCCCAGGUGUACUGUAAACCCAUUGUGCUCAUUAAAAUACUGCUCCUU